ACUCUAUGAUCAAUAAUGUAAACGAACUAUCGAUUCAUUGAUCUAUGAUCUAUUCAAUUAUCUAUUACUUUUGUAAAAGAUGGCGAGUCGCUAAUAAAAUUUCGAACAAGUAACAGCGUUUCUCUUCUCAAGAUCCAACGUAACCACAUCCAACCAACAUAGUGGUCCUUCGAGCCGGAUAGUCAGCGUUUUAUUCAAAAUUUGGAAAAAUUGGUAGAAAAUAUGGAUAACGUAGAACAAUUAUUAACAGUGCUCCAAGACAUACGCCAACACAUUACCCGAAGUUACGAGAACUUCAAGAAGACUCCAAAAAGUCGUCUGACCGAAGGAUAUGUUGAAACCAAGAUGUCGAUCUUACAAGAAUACUGGGUCGCCUUCACAAAUAAUCAUAACAGCUUAAUAAGGAUAGUAACGAAAGAACAAAGAAAAUCAUUGGAGUAUUUCAAGAACGAAGUAUUCGUCGACUGCGAAGAGACCUACAUUCAAGGUAAAGCAGCUAUGAAAGAUUUUCUUCAGCCAGCACAUCCCCAAAGCAGCAGCAUACCAGCUAUCGGCAGCCCACUAAGUAUGAAGCAGCAGGUAAAAUUACCAAAUAUAGAAGUACCCACAUUCGCCGGUAAUUAUGAAGAUUGGCCAACAUUCCAAGACCUUUUUAUCUCCCUCAUUCACAAGAACGAUGGAAUUAGUAAAGUACAAAAACUACAAUAUUUAAAAUUGAGUGUCAGCGGGGAAGCAGAAUAUUUACUAAAACAUAUACAAGUAACGGAGGACAACUACGAUCAAGCCUGGGAAGUGUUGAGGCAGCGAUACAACAAUAAACGUCUCAUUGUAACAUCUAUUUUAAGGAAAUUAUUUAACCAGAAAAAGUUGCAGAGUCCAUCGGUGAGUCAUAUAAAAGCUUUACUUGAUACCACUAACCAAUGCCUCCAUAGCCUUAAUAAUUUAAACAUUAAUACAGACCAAUGGGACCCUCUAAUUGUUUAUAUAAUUACCAAUAAAUUAGAUCUAGAGUCACAAAAGGGAUGGGAAGAAUAUGUAAGCAAGGAAGUUUCCGCAGAUCUACCUACAUUUUCAAUUUUAAAAAAGUUUCUAGAAAUUAAAUUUAGAACGCUCGAAUUAUUACAAUCAUCUACAAAGGAGAAAAAUACAGUCCACACAUUUCACACUACAACAAAUUUCAAAGCAUGUGUCUUAUGUAAAGAACAUCAUGCACUUUGUCACUGCAAAAGUUUUGGAAAAAUGGAUCUACAAAAGAGAAGAGAAUAUAUCAAUCAGAAUAACAUCUGUUACAACUGUUUAAUUCCAGGACAUCCUGUCAAAUAUUGUCGAUCAUCUAGCACUUGCAGGAUUUGUCACAAACGGCAUCACACACUUCUUCAUCAUUCACCCACAGCGAGUACCCAAGACAACUUACUUCAAGAAUACCAAACACAACAUUGCAAUACAGCGACUGGCCCCACAUACAAGGACUUGAGUUAGCCGAUCCAAGUUUCAACAUUUCAAGAUCUGUAGACCUACUGUUGGGAGUAGAUGUAUAUUCACAAAUAAUACUGAGUGAGGUUAUAAGAGGCCCACCAGGAACACCAUGUGCUCAAAACACCACAUUAGGUUAUAUAAUUUUUGGAACAAUAGAUGAUAGUUUACAAUCAACCCAAGAAAAUAUUAUAGUUAUGCAUCAAAUUACAAACCUAGAUGAUAUGUUAAAAUCACUAUGGGAAAUAGAU